AAAUGAGUGUCUAAAGACCACCAACUUCUACAACUAGAGAUGUAUCUACUAGUGUUUUUGGAUAAAGUCAUAUAGAAUGGCUUACUCCAAAUAAGGACUUAGAUUGGAAUUAAGAAAAAUACAUGAGAUAAGUGAAUGAGAUAAUUAUCGAAUGUAAAAUUUAAAUUCCAUUUUAUUUUAGAAAAUGAAUCACCUAUAUAAGAUAAACAGAGAUAAAAUUCAAUUUAAUAAUAUUAGUUAAUAACAUUUGCUGAGUUGAUUCAAAGAUUUAGAUUAAACGAAGGAUAAUAUUCAGUUCGAAAUAAAUCAAAAUGCUCAUGCUAUGGAUUUUCAUCUGGUAUCUCAACAACUGAUUAAGUUAAAUAAAAGUUCAUUAAAUUAGGAAUGGAUUAGAUAGAUCUAAAAAAUGAAUAUCACAGAAAUACACUUUUUUCCAUACAUUAUAUAUUGAAUAAUGUUUAAAAGGCUAAAGAGAACUAGUUAAAUAUGAUUUCAAAAUAUGCUUCAAAAUAUUUUUAGCUAUUUUAAUUUCUUACUUGUUUAGAAUUUGAAACACCACUUUUUUAAUUACUAUAUAAAGAAUCAGGGGAAUUAUUAAUAUAAUUGGUAAUGAAUGUAGGGGAGAUGGUUUUUGAAUAAUUGUUGAGUAAUAAAUUAAACAAAUUAAUCUAAAAAGAGUAAUCUCAUUUACUAUACAAUAUAUUAAGAAAUUAUCAGACUAGUCUCGUUUUCCAUAUUUACAAAGAAAUAAAAAAAUCAAAUAUUCCACUCUAAUUAUUAAUAAAAUAAUGUGAAAAAUCUGAUCCUCAUAUUUAUUAUUACUGGUAUAUCCAAUAGAAAUAAUAUAAUAAUAAUCUAUUCUUUGAUUGA